AAAAACUUGUCAUCUGAGAAGAUACCACAUCAGAAUUCUUCACUUUUAAGCCUGCAGAGUAGUAUGAUUUCCCAGAAAAAAAAUACAGUGGCUCAGCGAAUAUCAUCAGCAAAACAUCACAUAAUUAAAGAGCUGAAGAAUGAAGUUUUUUUUUUACAAUACAAAUUAGAAGUAUCAAGCCAAGAAAGCCACAUUUUGAGACAGCUUCAGUGUCAACAUUCAAAAGCAAUUAGUAGAUAUGAAAAUUCAGAAAGUAACUUGCCGAAUCUUUUAGCAAGUCAUUAUAAUGAGGUGGGAGCUUUGAGGAAACUCCUGAGGAUGUCUCAGAAAGAUGAGAGAAAUGCAUCCAGGAACCUCAGAAAAGUUGAAGCAGAGCUGCUAAAAGCUAAAGAUGCUUUGCAGGCCAUGUACAUGCUUUCAGAAGACAAAGCUCUUGCAAAGAGAGAGGAACUUGAUCACAGAUUAUCAGUCCUUACAGAAAAAAUAGAAGUGAAUGACAAGAAAAUACAGAGCCUAGAAGAGCAGCUGAAGUUGAACAAUUGCAUCUUUAGUCAUCAGCUAGCAAAGGAGAACAAGAGAGCUGUGGAAGCUGGGAUAAUUACAAAGAACUUGCAAAUGGAAAUUAACUCCCUUCACCAAAAAAUUAAGGAAAUGGAUCGGCAAAUUUAUGUUAAAAAUACCUAUGCGAAUCGGAUGCCUAAAAUCCCAAAAGACAAAAGUGAUUCAGUACCUCCUGAAAAAAGUCUUAGUAUAAACAGGUCGGUACAAGUAGAUCAACAGAGUUUUAGAUCACUUCUGCUGUCAUAGCACCAAACUUGGGAAAUAGGAAAAAGCCCAAUUCAGCUAACAAAGGAGAAAAAUUCCUCAGGAGAUAAAAAUCAAAAAGCUAAUGCAAAUGAAGCAUCCGUAGAUGCCCAAUGUAGAAGAGAAAAGCAAUCAACCAAGAAAAUACUAAAGCCAGAAACUUUUAAUAGAACAUUUGGUGAGUAUUUAAGGGAGAGCAGACUACUGAUGGAAUAAUACACUUGUUUAGAAUUUAUGAAAAAAGGGAAAGAUUUGCAUACAUGGGAGCUGCAAAAACUGAUGAAAACUGAACUAACUCCACUAAGUGACAGUGUAAAAGAGAAUGAUAAUGAGGAAGAUGCAGUGGAAGAUAUGAAAAAGAAGAAAAAAAAGCUAGAUGAACAAUUAAAUAACAGUGAGAAAGCAGGGGGCAAAUGUUUAACUCCAGGUCCAAGAAACAAAACACGUUAGGCUGAAAAAAACCCCAUAUUCUCAGAAGCCACUGAGAACUUGCAUCAUGGGCUUCUAACAUCAGGUACAAAACAAAAAAAAGGCAGUUGGUGCAACCAGAGACAUGCAGGGCAGGACUGCAGUAGAACAGCUGAAUCAAAAGUGAGAAACUCUUCUGGGCUAUAUGAGUCUUUUGGCAAAGUUACCAACACAAGGUGGAAGGACAGUUCCACUGAAGUGGAAGGCUGCGCUUAUAUGACAUUUGCUGAAAGGAAAGGUCUUACGAAAGAACUCUUUGGACCAGGCUGCAUUUGAAGAGACAACCAUUCAGGUCCUAACAUGAAAGGAAUGAAGAAAGAGCAGUGA